AUGGGCAGCUCAGUUUUUAUGGAAGAGAUGGAUUUCAUCUCAAAACUGACUGACCCAAGGGAACAAUUGAAGGAGAUCCAAUUGUUAUUGGAUACAGUGGAAAAGCAGCUGAAUGCUGCUAUGAGGGAAAAUACUGACCCAAGGGAACAAUUGAAAGAGAUCCAAUUGUUAUUGGAUACAGUGGAAAAGCAGCUGAAUGCUGCUAUGAGGGAAAAAGGUGAUGAAGGAAAUCCCCCAACAUCAGAAAGAGCACUGGUUUUGGACAAAAACAUCCUCAAUUUUAACAAGAAAAAAGUUUAUUUGGAAACUUGGGUAAAUACCCUAAAACCCAGCAUAGAACAGCUGGAAGAGUCUACAGCACAAAUUGAUGCUGCCCAGGCUGAAUUGUUGUCUCAACAUGAUAAGAAAGAGGCUGAGAAAAAGAGGAGGGCCUUGGAUGAGCUGAUUGGUCUUAAGGAGUCCAUUUUUCGUGGAGACAUCUCCUUAGAUCAAAUAGAACGUCCAAGUGCCUCUGAAACUCUCUUUUACCGGAUAAAAACCGGUAGAGAGGAUGGAGCAAGGGGUGGCAUGCAAGCCACAAAUGCCAUCCUCAGCCAAAUUCCUUAUUUUGAAGGAAAAGACGACCAGCCUUGGGUUGAGUGGUGGAGCAUUUUCAAGCUCUCACUCAAUGACUGCGAUGUUUCCAAUAAUCAGUUAAAAUCUUUGCUCUUACAAAAGCUGAAGGGGACAGCUAGAGAUUUUAUUUUGGGGAUCCCAGGCCUGCUGGAAAAAGACUACCGAUUCAUAGUCCAGGCCUUGGAAAAAGAAUAUGGGGAAAGAUUGAUGUUGGGAGGGAUCAAAAAGCUUCAAGGAACAAAGCAAGGACCUCAGGAGAAGGUCAGGGAUUUUGCAACAAGAAUCCGCCGAAUUGGCACCCAAAUGAUUGGAGAAGCUCCAACAGAACUAAAGUUAAAAUCUUUGCUCUUACAAAAGCUGAAGGGGACAGCUAGAGAUUUUAUUUUGGGGAUCCCAGGCCUGCUGGAAAAAGACUAUCGAUUCAUAGUCCAGGCCUUGGAAAAGGAAUAUGGGGAAAGAUUGAUGUUGGGAGGGAUCAAAAAGCUUCAGGGAACGAAGCAAGGACCUCAGGAGAAGAUGGCGUUCCUGAGGAUCCUGGUGUUGCUGGUCGUCGGUGUUGCGGCUGCUGGAGCGGACUGUGGUCCAGACGACGGGGCGUUCGUGUGUUGGGACGUCUGCGGCGAGGAAGUGAGGGGCGCCGGCGGCUACAGGCGCCGCGUGACGUUCGUCGGAGCAACGCUGUUCUUGGACUGCGUCAGGCAGGCGGACUUGAAGGAGGUGAAACUGCUGUCGCCGACGGUCUGCGUCGGACGUCGAGCCGACAUGGAUCGUGUCGUGACGCCUUGGAGGUGGUGCGAGGAGGUCGUGCCACCCGAGCCGGAAAUCUCGACGGCGGCGGUUCCGCCGGUGGUUGAUGAGCCUUGCCCGGUGGCGCCGACGGCUAACUUGGCGGUUGUCCACGUGCCGGCGAGCAAAACGCCGUUCGUGGCUUGGGCGCCGCCUUCGACGCAGCAAAGCGUCAUAGUGGCCCAAGAGGCGCCACACGUCAUUAAGGCACCGUCGUCAACGCCGGAAGUGACGGUCAACAUCAAACAUGGUGUUGCGCACGUCGAGGCGGAUGUGGACCCAUGGACGGCAAUGGUCUUGGUUUUCAUGGGCCUUGGUGGGGCUGGAGCCACAUCCUUGGCUGUCUUUUUGGUUUGGCUCGUCAAGUUCAUUAGGAACAAGUCAUUGUACAUGCGGGAGUUGGUGCGGAUGCUGACGCCGGAGGAUCAGCCAGAUCCGGAAGCCCAGCCAGUGGUGGAUCUGCUGGGGCUGGAAGAGACGGAUAAACCCGUCGCCGAAGAGCAAAAGGAAGAGUUGGUCCUUGAGGACAAUAAUCCUUUUAAAGAGAUGUUGAACGCCCGAAUUUCCUUUUCAGAAAGUGAUCAGCGAAUGGACAAGAUUCCUGUGGAGGAGUCCAUCUCCAAUCUAGGAUAA